AUGAUUACAAACCCAUCUAACUUUAAUCCUUGCUCAGAUAACUCAUUUCAAUCAAGAGAUGAUGUUAUGCGUUCGUUCAAUGAAUCAUUUGAACCAUUGAUUCCUGCAUUUUCCACUGGAGGUGCAAGAGUUCACUUGGAAGAAAGUGGUGCUCAUUUUCCCAUGGCAGCUGCACACUUUGAAGGUUUUGCUAGAGCAUUAUGGGGAAUAGUGCCAUAUGUUGUUGGUGGUGGGGACUUUAAACAUUGGGAUUUAUUUAGAAGAGGGUUCAUUAAUGGUACCAACCCCGAUCAUGAAGAGUACUGGGGAGAAGUUGAGGAUUGCGAUCAAAAAAUGGUUGAAUUAGCUGCUGUUGGAUAUGCUUUGGUAUUUGUUCCACAACAUGUUUGGGAACCUUUGCCUGAGGAGGCCAAAAAAAAUCUUACUUCUUAUCUUCUCAAAGCCAGAAAACGUGAAUUUCGUCGUUGUAAUUGGAAGUUCUUUAGAGUAAUGAUUGACUUAGGUUUAGAUAAUGUUGGAAUUUCUUACGAUAAACAAUUAACCGAAGAUCAUUUGGAAGAAUUAGAUAAAAUGUACAUAGGAGAUGGCUGGUACGGAGAUGGUGAUAAAGCCAGUAUCGAUUAUUAUAAUCCUUUUGCUUUACAUUUAUAUGGAUUGGUUUAUUACAUGGUGAGAAAAGACAUUGAUCCUGAAAGAAGUCAAAGAUUUAAAGAUAGAGCUUUGCACUUUGCAAAGCAAUAUCUUCAUUGGUUUGCUGAUGAUGGUGCUUCUAUUCCUUAUGGUAGAUCCAUGACAUAUAGGUAUGCUGUCAUUUCCUUUUGGGGUAUUUUACCAUUAAUAACGAAGUCGGACGAAGAACCAGUUAUUCCUUGGGGUGUUUUGAAGGGAAUAUAUUUAAGAAACUUGAGAUGGUGGGCAAUGCAACCAGUCUCUAGAUUUAAAAGCAACACCCUUUCAGUCGGGUUUGCUUAUCCUAACCAGUUUAUGUGUGAAGCAUACAAUUCUCCUCAAUCACCAUACUGGUCAUUUAAGGCAUAUAUCGCGUUAAUGGUCCCUGAAAAUCAUCCUUUUUGGACAGCUAAAGAGGAGCCAUUAGUUUUGGAAGAUGCUACAUUAAAAGUCCCUGGUAUGCUUGUUUCGCAUACUAAAGGUAAUACUGUAGCAUUAAUAAGUGGUCCAUAUAAAACAUUCAAUUUGAGAUAUCAAGCUGAAAAGUACAACAAGUUUGCUUACAGUACAAGAUAUGGUUUCUGUAUUGAAAAUAAUCCUAGAGGAUUUAAAUUAGCCACUCUUGAUAAUAUGAUCGGUUUUAGUUUUUCUGGAAAUGACUUCUUUGUCAGACAAACAAACAAGUCUUGGAUUAAUGAUAACGUUUUGUAUUCAGAAUGGUCGCCUGUAAAGGGAAUCAAUGUUAAAACAUGGCUUAUUCAAAAAGGCAAAUAUCAUAUUAGAGUGCACCAUGUCGAAAACAAAACUUCUGAGAAGGUUGAUUCGAUUGAAGGUGGUUUUGCCGUAUCUUCAAUGAAUGAGAAAGGUCUUAAUACUGCUACACAUCCUGGAUCGAAAGCUUUGGGAGAAGUUACAACUAAUGAAGACAAUACUUUAAUCGUGAACUUAUUGCAAGACAGAAAAGCAAGGGUUACUGAACCAGAUCCAAAUACCAGUUUAAUGGCAUCAAAGGUUAUGUUGCCACAAUUGACAGGCUCAAUUGAAGCUAACUCAACAGCUAAGUUUGCAUGUGCUGUAUACGGUCAACCAGCUUCUGAGCCUUUCUCUAAAGAAAAAUGGUUGCAAAGUUUGAGUCUUCCAAGCGAAAGUGAAUUGAAUGACUUCGUAUCCAAGGCAGAAAGAGUCACAUGUAACGAUGUAUAG